AAUCCAGUCGAAUUAGUCGCUACAUGCAGGAACAUAAAUCAAUAUGUUAAUCUACGCCUUUAAUGUGCUAAGUGCAGUGGUAUUUGGAUUAUCCUCAACCGCAGAAACUACUGUUUUAAUGAUCUGCAAGCGAGGUUCAGUUAAUUAUUUCGCCUGUUUAAAACACGCUUUAGAAGAAGUAUGGCCACAACUUGCUGAAAAAGGACUUCCAGAAAUUGACUUUCCACCUUUGGAUCCAAUACAUUACGCAUACGGAGCAACUAUAUUUAAUACAGACGUCAUACAUGCAGAAGUUAUUAUAACAAAUCUUACUGCUACUGGUUUCUCAAAGACUCAUUUUAAUGGUGUCAGAGCGCAGUUUCUUGACGACGUUUUCCGUUUGGAUGUCGACACAGUAAUACCGAGAAUAUUUUUAAAAGGUACCGUGGACCUGAGUGGUACUAUAGGUGGUGUACUCAAAAUUGUUGAUAAAGGUAUGACAAAUUCUAUACUUAGUUUGAGCCACCAAAGAUACACCAUCUAUUUUGUUGAAUAUAUUUUUAUUUACGUUUAAAAUUAGUCAUAUCCGU